UGUACAUGUAACGUUUCAUGCUAUUUAAUGCAGUGGGCGACACGUGGAGGUUGUAAGUUGAGCUGUUCCUCCACUUGAAGAUAAGGUCAAACCACAGAGCAAGGAAACAAAACGUGGGAGCACGGUGGACGACGGACCCCACAGUUCUGAGGCCCCUCUCAAUCGAAAUCCGUCGUUGAGCCUUAAUUGACAUUUGGACCUAUCAAUCAGUAUUUACACGCACUGAUGACCGCACAUGCCGUAUGCAAGGAACAACCCAUGUGGAGCCUAACUUCUUGAUGAAUGCUUGCUAAUGAUGUCACAAGAUUCAGAGAAAAAUGGCAGCAAGCAGGUUGUCAGUUCUCUUGAUCAGCUUGAAGCAAUUAAAGUCAUCUUACUUGAUAUUGAGGGAACAACCACACCCAUAACCUUUGUUAAGGAUGUUCUGUUCCCCUAUGUCAGAGAGAAAGUAGAGGAAUACCUUGACAGCCAUUGGGAUGAGCAAGAAUGUCAAGAUGAUAUCAAGGAACUGAGGGACCAGGCUAUUCUUGACAAGGAUCUUGAAGGAGUUGUCACCAUCCCUGAGGAGGUUGAAGAUGGUACCUCUUCAUCAACGUUAGUCAAGCAGGCAGUGGUCCAGAGCAUUCAUUGGUUGAUGGCAGCCGACAGAAAGGUGACAGCCCUUAAACAGUUCCAAGGUCACAUGUGGAGGUCUGGAUACAAGGAAAAGAAACUUGUUGGAGAAAUUUACAGUGAUGUGCUGCCUGCCAUCAAACAAUGGUUAAGAAAAAGCAAGAAGGUGUACAUCUACUCAUCAGGGAGUGUGGAGGCACAGAAAUUACUCUUUGGCCACACCAAGUAUGGCAGCCUCUUAGAGCUAUUUUCUGGACAUUUUGAUACCAAGACUGGAUUGAAAGUGGAGAAAGAGAGUUACUUGAAAAUAGCAGCUGAGAUUGGAUGCGAUCCACAUGAGAUUCUGUUUCUCACUGAUGUCACAAGAGAGGCACUGCCGGCAAGUCAAGCAGGGUACAAGACCACCAUUGUUGUACGCAAAGGAAACGCACCAUUGACAGAAGAUGAAACCAAAUCAUUCCAUCAAAUCAAAUCAUUUAGCGAACUACUGGACAAUGAGUAGCCACCAACAAAAGUACAGAAGUGAUGAGAUGUGGAUUAUAUUAGAUAAGAACUGUGGAAAAAACUUGUACAAGGAGUUUUCCAUUUGUGUCAUUUCUGGAAAAUAAAAGACGCAUGUAUGUAUUAGGUAUUUGAUGGGAUAUUUAGACAUACACAUCCUGUUGCUAAAAGGGAACCAUAUCUGGUACUGGAAUCCUGUAUACGUGUAUGUUUUAACCUUAAGAUGGAUGAAUACGUGUACUUGUAUAUAAUUGAUAAAAGAUGUAUUUCCUUGAGUUUCUAUAUUUCCUGAGGUAUCCCAAUGUCCACAGAGCCAUGGUUUUUCAUGCCUUGUAUUUGUAAAACAUUUUGUCUCCUGUUUCUUCUGUGUACAAGGCAGUUUUACGUGGAUGCAAGAACUGUGAUACGCUGUUUCACAGAAAUCAACACUCUACUUUAUUGGAUAGAUCUUGCUUAAAGAGAAAAGAUGCACCAACUUUAGAGUAAAUGGUUCCAUUUGUCAGGACUUACAGGAUCAGCUUGCUGGUGAGUAGACUGAGAACUCUUCCGAAGUGGAGUGCAUCGCAGUUAAGCGAAUCAUCUACUUGCAGUAGACUUACUUGCUUCUGAUUGGUUCAAUUCAACCCAAAUGCCUUGUCUAUGGUGUCCCAGUUUUCAGAGGUUUCAUGUGAAGUCAAGGGAUUUUAAUGACAGGGUGCAGACUAGUCUGCUACAGGCUGUAUGAAAUGUCAAGUGUAUUAUCUUCAGUUGUAUUUACAACACACACACUUGGAUUUCAGAUCCAACAAACCUGUGUUGAUAUUGAUAUAGCCUGGGUUAUGCCAGUCAUGAAACAUGAAGAUAUGAUGCAUUACUCUGUAGGUAUAAAGCCUUGAAAGGUUUAAAAAGCAAUGGAACAUUUUCUCUGUGAUUCAUGAUGAUUCCAGUAUAACUGCUGAUCAUUUUCCUCAUUGUGUUUUUUUAUGUGUAAUGCUGGGAAUCAGGUUUGACUCGGACAAUCAGGAAACUCACAAAGCAGAGUCAGGUUUUUAUUAGUAGAUACAGACCCAAUGGUUUAUUGUACUACAAUCCAAGUGAUUCAUACACAAAUAUGAGAUAAUAGUGACACCGCAAAUAAACCAACUAGUUCUUGAAAUUACUGA